AUGUCUGCUGGCAAUGGCACCCCUCGCGGGUCAGCAGUGGGGGAGGAGAUAUGGGCGGGAUCAGGAGUGGAGCUGGAAGACUCAGAGCUACCCACUUUCUCAGCUGCAGCCAAGGUCCGAGUGGGGGUCACCGUUGUGCUCUUUGUUUCUUCAGCUGGCGGUAACUUGGCCGUGCUGUGGUCUGUGACACGGCGGCAAUCCAGCCAGCGCCGACCCUCCCCCGUCCGGCGACUCUUCGCCCAUUUGGCAGCUGCCGACUUGCUGGUCACUUUUGUGGUUAUGCCCCUAGAUGCUACCUGGAAUAUUACCGUUCAGUGGCUGGCUGGGGACAUCGCAUGUCGGACACUUAUGUUCCUGAAACUAAUGGCCAUGUAUGCUGCAGCUUUCCUGCCUGUAGUCAUAGGACUUGACCGCCAGGCAGCAGUACUCAACCCGCUUGGACCCCGCUCAGGUGCAAAGAAACUUCUGGGAAUAGCCUGGGGACUUAGUUUCCUGCUUGCCUUGCCCCAGCUGUUCCUGUUCCAUACUGUCCGCCGAGCUGGCCCAGUCCCCUUCACUCAGUGUGUCACCAAAGGCAGCUUCAAGGCUCAAUGGCAAGAGACCACCUAUAACCUCUUCACCUUCUGCUGCCUCUUUCUGCUGCCACUAACUGCCAUGGCCAUCUGUUAUAGCCGCAUUGUCCUCAGUGUGUCCAGUCCACGAACCAGAAAGGGGAGCCAGGCCCCUGCUGAUGAAUUUACCCUACGCCGCUCCUUAGACACUCGCCCCCGUGUUCGUCUUCGGGCCCUGCGACUGGCCCUCCUUGUUUUACUGACCUUCAUCCUCUGCUGGACACCUUAUUACCUACUGGGUCUGUGGUACUGGUUCUCCCCCACCAUGCUAACCGAAGUCCCUCCCAGCCUCAGCCAUAUCCUUUUCCUCUUUGGCCUUCUCAAUGCUCCUUUGGAUCCUCUCCUCUAUGGAGCCUUCACCCUCGGCUGCCGGAGAGGGCACCAAACACUCAGUAAAGACUCCUCCCAGGAAGGAGGGUCUGGGAGAAUGCCCCAACACGAGAGUAAAACCCUCAGACAGCUGAAAAUGCAAACAAAUGUGACAUCAAGAAGAGGAGAAACAAAAGAGACAUUCCUAUAACAUCCAUUUUCUUACAACGGAGUAUAAAGAAUAGUCAUUACUCUCCAAUACCCUAAGAACAUCUCUGCUGCCCCUGCUUUUUUAGCUUCCAACAAAAGAAGUGCUGAGAAGAUCUGUGUUUUGACCUGAGACUUGAGACUAUGUCUAAAGCAGAAACUCACAGAAUUCAAUCCUUAAUAGAAGUAUCUCCACAAUGACCCAUAUUGCCUUACUGUAAAUAGUUCAUCAGAGCUUCACUACUAGAACAUGAAAGUAAUUUUAAAUGUAGAAAACCAAAAACUAAAAAGGGACAUUUAUUCAUGACUCAAAAGAAACAGUAAACAGGAUAACAGUUUAAAUAUAAACAGAGUGAGUUCCACUUCAGCCCUAUUUGUUGACGGCUUGCAUAGCCAAAUGGAAUCUUGGAGAGACCACCUGGACAAGAGAGGAACUGUCAACGACGUCUCCGGUCUGGACUCCUGCUGCGCCUUCGGCCACCUCUAGGAAAAAAGAGGAAGGCAGGGAAUUCAUCAUAGGAUAUAAUAAAAUGUCCUUGUUCAGUUUUAUUCAUGUUCCCUUCACCAACAGUGUUUGCCCUCUCCAUUUUACCUUCUCUUGCCUUUGGGUGGACCUCGAACAAAACACCAAUCUACGCUGAUCUGCUGUCCCAUCAAAUCCUGGCCAUUGAGUCCUUCCAUAGCAGCCUGAGCCUCUUUGUAUGUUUCAUAUUCAACUAGAGUAUAACCCUGAGUAAGUGAAAAGUAAGAUGUUAAAACCUUCCUGUUUCACCAAGCAUCAAGUAUCCUCAUCCUCAAAUAUAAAUUCAUACUUAAACAGAAGAAUCUAAAAGCUUUACACAAUGACUGUACAUCGUAUGUCCCUACUGUACACAGGUGUCUGUUUUGUUUGUCUCCGUCUCUUUGUCCAACAAAAUCAAUUUCCUAUGUCAUUUUAUUUGAAUCGCAGCAAACAGAACCACCAAGGCUAAGGGGAAAGGAAGGCAAUAAAGGGUCGCUUAAGAUACCUUCAGGUAUCCUGUGCGCCUAUCCAGGUUAAGGUGGAUGUUUUUUAUUUCGCCAUAUUCUGCAAAUUUGUCAUGAAUGUCUUCUUCAGUGGCUUCCUCAUGGACUCCAGUGACAAAGAGAAUCCAGCCUUCAACAGCUGUUGGGGAAGAAAGGGUGGCUGUAUGCGCGCCUGGGACUGGGGAAAGCAGUAAGUGCAGACUCCGGAGUGAGUCUCAUGUCGGGGAGCUCGGGUUUCAACUGCCCACAGACACGCUCUCCGCAGGCUCCACCUUACUCACAGCGUUGUGGUCCCGGCUCGUCGCCGUCCUGCUCCACACUGUCAUAAUCCUCUCGCAUCCGCGCUCGGGACCCCUCUUCUAUAGAGAACACAACCAGAUCACCGGAGGCUCUCCCCGGAGUCCGGGGGCUCCAACUCCGCUCCCGCCGACAAGCCUCUCGACCUCAAGUCCCCACACUCACCUGAACCAAAGCCGCGGCCCUUCCUUUUCUUCGCUUUUUCUUUAAGUUUGUGGAUACUCUCUGAAGCCCCAGAGGAGAAAGGAUGGGUAACAGUCAUUUAUGACAACUGUAUCCCACCACGCCGAGAGCCUAAGCCGCCGCCAGGCUGUCCCCUCCCGGCCCGGCCCGGCCCGGCCCGUUCCUUCCGAAGGGGGAGGAGUCUCUCACCGAGACCGCACUCCCCGCUCCCAUCCGUCCGCCCCAGGACCUUUUUCCUGUUACACUCUUCUCUCGCACCUUCCCCGCUUCCCGUAGCCGCCUCCACUGUCCUCACCGUCCCCAUCCUCAUCCAUGGCGAAAUCCUCGCCUCCGGCCUCAUGAAGAUCCAGCACGUCAGCCAUCUUGCCUCUGUACUAGCGCUCGUCCGGACCGCCGGGAACUAGGCACCUCGGCAGGCUGUCGCAGAGGGGAAAGGUCGCCAAGCUGACCAAUCACAGCCCAUCUUUAAGUCCCGCCCUCGGCGCGGUAAAAAUACGCACGAAGGGCGGGCCUAGUUCAAAAAGAUGCCGGAAGCAUUUGGUAGCCAUCUUGGCAGGUCACGAGCCGAGACCAGCUGCGUUGGCAGGGACAAACUAGGAGGCGUCAAUGGCUUCCGUUUAAUCUUGAGACCGGGCCUAAUUCCUUGCUGAAGGGCAGCUUUCAUUGCAAAGUAGGAAAUGGAAGAAUUUAAAAGUUUUUUUAUCUUAAAAGUUGUAGGCCUGUACCCUGUUCUGAGAAGCACCCCAUCCAUGAUAGAAGCCUUAAAAAGAAAAGAGACGAGGUUCAGAUCAGGGCUGGGGAGGUAGCUCGGCGGUAGCGCGCUGGCCUAGCAGGUGCGGGACCCGGGAAUUACAUCCCACCCCGCAGAAAAAGUUUAGCUGCCCCAGGCCGGAGGCUGAGGCUGGAGGAUCACAAGUUGGGACCCAGCUUCAGCAACUUAGCGGGGCCCUGAACAACUCGGUGAAACCCUGUCUCUAAGUAAGUCAUAAAAAGGGCUGGGGAUGGGGCUCAGUGGCUAAACGGCCCUGGGUUCGUCCCUGGACCAACAACAACAACAACAACAAAAAAAAAAAAAAACAGAAACAAAACACCUCCCAGAACGGACCGCCAGCCCCGAAUUUCUUCCCAAGAAAACCAACACACAAGGCUGCGGUUGAAACCCGGCUGUAGGGGAUGAAACCAGGGGCACUUUACCACUGAAAUACCUCCUCAGACCCCUUUUUACUUUUUAUUUGGAGACAGAUCUUGCUAAAUUGCUGAGGCCAUCCGCAUACUUAAUCCUCCUGCCAGCCUCCGGAGUCUCUGGGAUUACAGUAGUGGGCUAACCGUGCCUGGAUAAUUUUUUUUUUUUUUAGGAUAUAUCUUUCAAACGCUCCCUGCCACCCUCUGGAAAUUAAGGAAGGAAAGGCAUGGCCUUAAAUAAAAUAAUGGCUUUAGUUCUUUGAUGAUGGAACAGGUGUUCUACCUUCAAACACCUAGGAGUUGAAGUAAAACCUAUAUUGCCCCCAAGUUCUGGAAUCCUUAUGUACACCUUCAGCAAUAGCAGGCUGCAGAUUCACUUAUUAAUCAAAUAGUUAUGCCUAUAUGUGUAUCUAAUAUUAGAAGAAGUGCUGGCAAGAGGAUAAAUAAUUGCAUUGAUAGCACUCACUAUAUAUAGUACAUUAUGAAAGUGAUAACUGCUAUCAUAAUGGCAGUAUCAAGAACGUUUCUGGAACUAAGAGGGUUUAGCAUUUUAACUGGGCCUUUGGAGAUGAGUAGUUUUCCAGGAAAAACAGUUGUAUACAUUACAUAGUCUAAUCUUUAAAAGUCAUCUGGUUACAUUCCUACUUUAAAAGUCCUUCCGUUGAUUUUGUUGCACUUAGACUAAAAUUAAAACUUACAUAGCUAACUGUCCCUAUGUCUCCAGUUUUGUCACCUGAGAUUCUCCCUCACCCACUAAGCCCUUCCUAUACUAUCCCUUAACUCAUCUCUGGGCAUUUGCAACUUUCUGUUCCUGAUGCUUUUCCUCCAGCCCUUCACAUGGCUGGCUCAACCUCAUUCUUUAGGUCUGAAUACUACUGUCACUAAGGGGUUUUCUCUCUUUUCUUUGUGGUACUGGAAUUGAACCCAGGGGUGCUUAACCACUGAGGCGUAUCCCCAGCCCUUUUAUGUUUUAUUUUGAAGAAGGCUCUCACUAAGUUGCUUAGGGCCUAAAUAAGUUGCUGAAGCUGGCUUUGAAUUUGUGAUUCUCCUGCCGUAGCCUCCCAAAUUGCUGGGAUUACAGGUGUGUGCCACUACACCAGGCACCAAAGGGGUUUUCAUCCUUCUAGGACUUAAGUCUGUUUUAUUUCCUUCACAGAACUUAAACCAGAAUCUUUAAUUAUCUUGUUGACUUUCAACCUUGUGUAUUGCCUCUUUUUUUUCCCCAGUAGCUUGUAAUCCUUUUGGCAGAGAUGCUUAGAAUUAUAUCUGCAAGUUUAUCCCAGUGCCAGGCUCUUAGUGGGUAUAUGGUACAUACUUCAUGAAUGGAUAAAUAUCAAAUGGCAAGGAGAAGGAAAACUGCUGAUUGGUAAAGACUACAGAAGGUGGAACCCAGUUCUAACAAAUGUCAAACAGCAAUAAAUUUGGGGGCAGCAUUGUUUCUUUUGUUGUUCUCUGCUUGGAUCUCUCUCUCUCUCUCUCUCUCUCUCCACUGCCUGACUUAAGUGAAUAAGAUUUGUCACAUUCCUCAGCAAACUACCUAUUAUCUGUAGGAGAAAUGAAGACCCAAAAGAAUAUGGAUGAGAGAGAGAGAGAGAGAGAAGGAGGAUGUUCUGUACUUGAAUUUUACUUUACUGUCACUUUAUUUUCCUUUAUAAGAAAAUUCUCCUACUGGUUUUUUGUGUCUAACUUUAGAUUUCCUCUUGUCAGGACACAUCUACAGAGGUUUGGAGCUUCAGGUUCCUACUCUCCUGUGACAAUGUCACAGAAAAUAACAUAAUGACCCAUUAAGUUUUAGCAAAAAGGAAGAGCAUUGUUAGUAAGUGAAAGGUGAAGGUAGACAUUCUCAGAGAGUGAGCAGCAGUCUUGGGCUCUUCUUUGAGGGGGAAACUUUGUAAGGUAUGAGUACAGGGUGGUGGCCUGUGGAUGGUUCUGGCCUGGUGAUAACAAGAUGGUUUUUGGUGGUCUGGCCAUUCUCAGGAUCUUCAGGUCGAUGUUUCCUUUAUCUAAUCAAUAGAUGAUGUUGGGAAUGUAGCUAUGUUAUAGGUGUCUUAAAAUAUUGAAUCUCCCUUUAUUUAUUCUAAAAAUACAUGUACUAGUAUGUUACAUAGGCUAAAUAACAGUGUCAGAGCAAUUUUCAUUAAGAAUGAAUUUACAGUAACUAAGGUUUUUGAGUCAAUUUACAGUAACUUUAAGAUUUAUAGAUCUCUUGGGGUUGGUUGGGACUGUGGCUCAGUGGUAGAGCACUUGCCUCAUAUGUGCAAGGACCUGGGUUCGAUCCUCAGCACCACUUAAAAGUAAGUAAAUAAAAAAAAGGUAUUGUGUCCAACUACAACUAAAAAAUAAAUACGUUUUUAAAAAAGAUUGAUUGGGGCUGGGGAUGUGGCUCAAGUGGUAGCAUGGUUGCUUGGCAUGCACAUGGCGCUGGGUUUGAUCCUCAGCACCACAUACAAAUAAAGAUGCUGUGUCUGCCAAAAACUAAAAAAUAUUAAAUCUUCUCUCUCUCUCUCUCUCUCUCUCUCUCUCUCUCUCUCUCUC